CCUGUUAUAGGGGCAUUAGCCGAGGUCCAUUUUCCAUGUCCAUCAAACAAACAAAAACUAAAAAGCAAGUAUGCAAAAGCAGGGGCAAAAAGACAAUAGAUUAUCAACCUUACAAAAUCACUGAAAUUCAAUAGCAGAUUACCAGUCACACAGCCACAAAUGUCUCAUAUCUCGAGGAUAAUGUGGACCCAGAAUCAUUCGGCCUUUUCUUCUCAUGAUAUGUUACCCGAGCCAAUAAUUGAAGUUAAUCCAGGCGCCCCCCACCCCCAACCAUUCCCAAUCACCCGGAGGUUUGAAGUUCAUACAUGUAUGGCAACCUCCUGACUUUUCUUCUAUUGCAAUGGUUGACUCAGUGACCAAACCAGACUAAAUCAAGUUUUUAUACAGAACCUACCUGCCAGCAUCUACGUCUUAGUCUCGUUUCUAUAAAUACCAAUACAGCCCUGUACUUCAGUCCCAACCUGAUAUCCUCUCAACCUUCUCAAUAGCAAAGCUUUCCUCUACCAUGUUAGAAGGCAAGGCUAUUGUUGACGAGACUGACAUGCUUCAAACAAUGCAGCAUGAUGCACUUCAAUUGGCUGCAAAGGCUCUUGAUUUAUUUGAGGCCACUGAAUCUACUGAUAUAGCCCGAUUCAUAAAAGAGGAUUUUGAUAGAGCAUAUGGACCUGGAUGGCAGUGUGUGGUAGGCACAGAUUUCGGUUCAUUUGUGACCCACUGCCAUGGCUGCUUCAUCUACUUCUGCAUUGGCAGCCUGGCAAUCUUGCUUUUCAAGGGUGCAGUAAAUCACACAUGAAGGAAGAAGAACCUUAUUCCCUGCUUCUCAGAUUGUAAAUCAAUGAACUAAUUUCUUUUAUCCCUCUUGCUUUUCUCUAUUGAGUAGCUUCAUCAAAGAAAAAAAAAAAAA